CAAAAACCCAAACCUGAGAAAAUUUUUUUUUGGCUCUGCGGCUCAAACAAUGUUAGUGAUACAGUAUAUACUCCUGAUACAGACUCACUCGGUUCUUGCUUUAAUCUGUUGAAAUUUCUGAAAUCGAACACACAGUUUUUUUUGUUUUUAUGGAUUACAACGUCGUUUACUCGAACCUUUGUAAUGGGGUUUUAAGGGUUUAAGCAACCCAACUGGAUUCGUGAUUUUUUGCUUGCUUUCUUUCUUUCUUGCAGAUUUGAGCUUAAUGGGUUUCAGAUCGGUUUAUCAAUCCCUCACGGAACUAUUCCCACAUAACAAGUCCAAGGUUUCUGAUGACUUUCCUUACUUUAAAGCUGAACCUGAUAUGCAAACUGAAGAUGGGAGUUUGUCUUUGUCUCAAUGGCUUCAACCAUCUAAGCUUCCACAUAGUUACCUUGCAUUGCUCAACGAAGAAGUAACGCCUGAUGUGAAACCUCCUCCGGAUUUCAUCAUGGAGAAAGUGGUUCUGCCAAAUCGUGGCGAAGCAACUGGCGUAGGAGGAGGAAUCCGAAACAUGUAUUCUUUUGACAACGUUGGUGGUUCUUCUUUGGUGAAACCUUCUAUUCGUGUUCAAAGCCGGACCAACAAUGAACUCUCUGGAAGUAGCAGUAAGGUUCCUGUGGUUAGACGUUCCUCUCGAAAGUCCGUGCAGCCAUGGUCCCCAGACUACUCUGAGAAGCUGAGAAGUUGGAAAAAACGGAACAACAACAACCGUGACUUCCCACACUUGUUUGGCAAAGACAGAGAUGUACCCUCAAAGCAAUCCAAAAGAAACAAUUCCGAAUGUUAUACCAAUGAGCGUGAUCGCAAGCAGCGAAUUAACGAUAACAUCAAGAAAUUAGGGGAAUUGCUCCCACAGAAAGUUGAGGAUGAUCACCCUGAAUUGACACUGAAUGCCAUUAUUGAUCAUGUUAAGCUUCUGCAGCUACAGAUGAAGGAGUUAAGUCGAAGCAGGCUGGGAGGAGAACCAGUAUGUCAUCCUAUGACAUUCAUCGAGGGAUACGGUCACUACAUUCAUCACGAGCAGACGAUGACAAAAUCUCUGGAGGAAGUAAUGGAAGAUCUACUAACAAAUGACUUCGAAGCUGCAGCAAACUUGUUGGAGAGCAAAGGCCUUUACUUAAUGCCUUUGUCCACUGCCCAAGGCUCCUACUGACUCCUCACACAAAUGCCUCUUCUCCAUCUGCAAAUCCCACACACAUGGAAUAGAGUUUAAGACCACUCUUCUGUUUAGUAUAAACAACUAGGCCAUGAAAUCUUUUUUUGUCUAAUGAGAGAGAGAUGAGACAAUCUCUUAUCUUGUUUAUGAGAUAUUACAAACCAAUUUCAGUGGAUCAAAAAAGUCUUAAACAUUCCAAGAUUAA